GAACGACCCCCCUGCGCACUCCCACGAGAUGAAGUUCCUCUUCGUUGUAGCCUCCCUCGUUGCCAGUGCACUUGCGCAGACGAUUGACAUUGGUGCACCAGCAAGCGGUACCACCGUCUCCCCGGGUAGCAGCCUCACCGUCGAGGUCGACAGACCGAACUCCCUCACCGGGUCCGAAGAAAUCGCCAUCGUCAUCGGGCUCCGCCCGUGCUACAACAACUAUUGCGUCGACCCCGCCGAAGCGAUGGGCACUAUCUUAUACAAUGGCGACUUCAAUCCCCAGUACAGCACUGAGCCCGGCACGGGGUCCAAGCCCCCACACCAGAACUUCACUGUCACUGUCCCGUCCAACAUUCAAAGCGGACCUGCCAUUCUCAGUGUAGCGCACCUCUCGCUUGUCGGGGCUGGCCCAUGGCCGAUGUUCGAAGUCAAGAACACGUCUGUCACGAUCAGCAAUUGAGCAUGUUCAAGGAUGUAUGGACCUCAGAGCCGAAAGGACCCUGGGUUCCGUGGACUAACACGACUCCCAUUUCAUGGACUAAGGAGAUAGGGACUCUCACCGGACUUGUAGCAUAGCUUCUGAUAACUUUGUACCAUAAUCAUCGCCACAGUAAUAAACUGGUAGCCCAUGUUCGUUCC